CAUUUCUCUCCAAACAGCGACUGGAGGCAGACGUGUCUUUCCACCUGUUGCUGAAAACACGUCAACAUGUUCUGCAGACGGGCUUUGCAGAGAGUCGGGCCCCUGGCACGGUGGCUUCUGAGGCCCACGUCCAAGAGCGCUGCCCCGGUGCGACACAUGGCCUUCGGCGUUCCUGGAGGAUCCACCAACUUGGCGUACGUUGUUUUGUGUGGAGGAGGCCUUACCGCUGCAGUCGUCUAUGCCUAUAAAACAGUUAAUGGCGAUACCGAACGUUAUGAGGACAGAUUGGCCAACAUGAGCUCUGAGGAGAAAGCUGAAGUCACAUCAGAGGCUUCAUCGUCUCCUCCAGCUGAAUCCGCCCCAGCAGAGGAUGAACCGGCUCCCGGAGCUGAGAUCAAACCAGAACCUGUUCCCGCUUCCCCAGAACCAGUGGCUGAGACGUCAGCCGAACCCACCGCUGACGCCGGCCCAGAAGAACGAGCGCCCGCCGAGGCGUCUGAGGCAGAUGUCACCGGGGCUCCAGCUGAGCCGGCAGACGCAGAGGGAGCGCCUGUUGCGGAGGAAGAGACUGCUCCGGAAGUUGAAACUGAAGCUGCAGCCGCGACCCCUGCUGAGGACGCAGCAGCAGCAGCAGCAGCAGCAGCAGAGAGCGCUGCUGUACAGGCCUUGGCUAGCUCCACCGCAGAGAUCAUCAAUGCCUUCGUGGGGGAGGAGAGUCUGGGGGAAGCUCUGCACCAAAUGGAAAACAAUGGGAAGCAGCUGAACAAUUUGAAGGAAGAUUUGCAACCACAUCCUCUAGAGAACACAGUGGAAACGUCUGUAGAGGCGGCUGUUUAUAUUGAAGAGCAGUUAUUUGAGGUGGAAGAAGUGCCACAUGGUCUAACUAUUGAAGAACUCUCUGCUGACCGGAUUCCAGCAGCUGACGCAGAGCAGGAGGAAGAGGGGAAGGAAAGAGUUGUUUCACUUCUUGAGGAAAUCGCCGAGGCUGAAGAAAACACUGCGCUCCCUGGCCCUCCUUCAGAGGAAACCGUCUCUUCUCCUGAAGACUCUUCCUCCUCUGAUGAGGCUUCGUCUGAUGAGGAGGAGGCCAUAGUCACUGCAGAGGCAACACCAGAGGAGGAGGAGACCCCUAUGGGUUCAGUUGGUGAGACGACUCAGUUGGCAGCCGCCUCCACCGAGACAAGCCUAGAAGUUCUUUCAAACACAGAACCAGAACCGCCGUCUGCUGUGGCUCCAGCGGACAAGGAAGAACCCUGCCACAGCUGCCACUCUUCUCCAUCCUCCAGCAAGGAGGAGGCGGCAGCACCUGCUGCUCAGGGAGAGGAUCUGCUCGACAUGGACAUCGCACAAGAAGCAAAGGAGUCCUUUGACAAACCGUUGGCAAAACAAAGCAUUGAGAAUGGAGUUGUGGUGACAGCCGUGUCGUGACAGAAAGUUUGCCUUCCCCAAUCAAACCUGGGCGGCAGAAGACAACAACCAGAAGAAGAGGAGGUCACACGCUGAAGCGUUGUCUUUGUUAGCAGGUGUCAUUAUAGAUUUUGUCCACUAGGUGUCAGUAAUGCAAAACUUUUUGAGACGUGGAAUUCUAAGAGGUUUUAGGGAGUGAAGGUUUUUGACCUUGUAAUGAACAGAGUAGCCUUAUUAUAACACCUGGCAUAAAAUAUUUCAGAUUUGUGUCACUGCUGCCCAUACACCCACGUAUUUUGCAGUAUUUCAUUUUAAAGCGUUAAAAUUAGAAAGUCACGCGCUGUUAGAUAUAUAAAACUUUAAUGUUACAAGAAAAUGCCCAUAUUUUGAUGCACACUUCUUUUUUUAAAAUUGCAUUGAUCAUUUCCAGAUGCCGCCCUGUUCAUCAGUCAGAUAUAGCGAUGUAUCCCGUGUAUCCUCCAAGUUUAACAGAGCUGUUAAAACUUAAUAACAAGGAUAAUAACCAUCUAUACCUUCUCUUUGUCUGUCAUUUUGUAGUAUGACUAAAGACUAUCUAAAAGAAAAAAUAUAUAUAUACUGUCCAGACUGGGACAACAUUUUGAGACAAGCAUUGCACAUCAGAUAAAGGAAGACAUUAAGAAAAAUAAUGAAUGAUUGUAGAUGGGAUGUUUAUAUAUCAUUUGAGCUCUGCAUGACUGGGACAUAAUGAAGAAUGUAGUUGACAAGCAAACUGUAGCGGUGUCGUCAUGGCAUACUCAUAUUUCAAAUAAAGUGGUGGACAAUCCUGCUUUUUCUUUUUCA